AUGAAUGUCUCUCAGUCCGCCCUUCGGCGAGCGUCCCGUCUUCGCCUCUCGGCUCGACCACAUCUCGCUACGAAUCAGCGCCAAUGGGCUCGAUACGCCAGUGACUCGGCUGAGGGGAGGCCCAAGCGGCGAGGAGGGAAAGCCGUGGGAUUUGCGGCGGUUUUCGCCGUGGCGGCAGCUGGAGCAUACUACUAUCCUAAGCUCCAAGCUCGACUGAGCUCGGCUCCUGAAGCAGCCCAGCCGGGGUAUCAGAAGGCUGACUUGGAAUUCGAAAAGACCCGCAAGCACGCUGCCUCAAAGGAAGAGAACCGCGAGCUGAUUAGCUCCCAGCACAUGCAGGUGAAGAAAAGCUGGGAGCAUCCCGGAGUGUAUGCUUGGGGCUCGAAUACGGGAAAAGUCAUUGACCCUAGUUCGAAUGAGAAGAACAUCAAGCUUCCGCGUAGAAUAUCCCAUUUCGACAACCAGCUUCUCCGUGACUUGAAGCUCACUCAGGAUUUUGGCGCAGCCAUCACGGAGAAGGGCGACCUCGUGCAAUGGGGCUUGGGAUUUUCCAAGGCAGAUCCAACGCCGGUGACGACUUUGAAGGGCAAGGAUCUUGCCAAGAUUGAAGUAUCAGAGGACCGGAUUAUUGCUUUAUCUCGCGGCGGCUCGGUAUAUGCCAUACCGGCCUCCCGUGAUGACCAAGAGGGCGGCAAGAAGCUGGAGCAGGACAAGAGCUCUUGGUCACUCUGGUCUUCGUCUGGCAACGAGGCCAUCAGCUUCCAAAGCUUGACCCCAACAGGGCUCGGAUGGGGUGAGCGCGUUGUCGAUAUCAGCAGCGGACUAGAGCAUUGCUUGCUGCAAACUUCAGCGGGACGAGUUUUCUCCUGUGCCUCGAGCGCCUCAUCAUUUCCAACAAAGGGACAAAUGGGCAUUCCGGGCCUCACCUGGGAGACACGCCCCAAGGGGCGCUAUGAUCAACCACAUGAAAUCACUUCGCUCAAGGGGUUUGAUGUCAAACGCGUCGCAACGGGAGACUAUCACUCGGUUGUUCUAGAUAAACUCGGACGCAUCUUUACGUGGGGCGAUAACACUUUUGGUCAACUUGGCUUCGAGGCCCAACUGGGAAGCGCUUUUGUCUCUACACCUACCAUCUUACAAACUCACAAGCUGUACGGAAGCAGUGGGCUGGUACCCAAGGUUUCGUCAAUCGCUGCCGGUGGUUUGAACACCUUCUUCGCCUGUGAAGCUGAUGUGCCUGAUACCAGCAACACCGAGGCCGGUGACACAGCACCUUCCAGGAGGUUACCCCAUAGCACGUUUGACAUUUGGGCGGCAGGGCAAGGCACCACUGGCUCGCUUGGUACUGGCAAGUGGACUCAUGUUUCUCUCGGGCCUACCAAGCUGAAGGCGCUUUCGGGACUCUGCGAGUUUGAUGAGAGAAGCAGCCAACUAAUGCCUAUCAAAAUCAAGUCUCUGAGCAUUGGCGCAACUCACGGCGCCGCAAUCAUGGACAAUGUGACACAAACCUCCAUGUCGAGCCGGUCCUCUGAGAAUGAGACUUACUGGGGAUCUGACGUGGUUUUCUGGGGAGGCAACGAACACUACCAGUUGGGAACAGGCAAGCGGAAUAACUUGAACACACCCACGUACAUUUCACCAUUGGAUGGAGACGCGGGACGGCACAGAUUAUGUCUGACACCUCGACAAACCGCCCGGCUAGGAGAAGGCGGCAAGGGCCGCAAAGUGACGCUGGAACAAAAAGUCGAAUGCGGCAGAUUUGUCACAGGGGUCUACUCUGCCGUUUGA